CAAGCCUGUGAGGGCUGUAACUACUGCCAUACUGCCACGGAAGACUUUUCUUUUUACUUUAUUCUCUCCAAGACGGUUCGGAGAGAAAAGUGCACAUCAUGAUUCACAGCUUGUUCCUGAUUAAUAGCACUGGCGACAUAUUCCUGGAAAAACACUGGAAGAGUGUGAUAAGCCGCUCUGUCUGCGAUUACUUUUUUGAAGCUCGAGAGAAGGCAGGGGAGCCAGAUAACGUGCCUCCUGUGCUCUGCACGCCUCAUCACUACCUCAUUAAUAUCUACCGUGAGAAAAUCUUUUUUGUUUCUGUCAUCCAGGCAGAAGUGCCCCCCCUCUUUGUUAUUGAAUUUCUUCAUCGUGUUGCUGAGACGUUUCAGGAUUAUUUUGGUGAAUGCUCGGAAGUUACUAUUAAGGACAAUGUUGUAAUCGUGUAUGAGCUCCUUGAAGAAAUGCUGGAUAAUGGCUUCCCUCUGGCCACGGAGUCCAACAUCCUGAAAGAACUUAUUAAACCUCCCAACAUUUUGCGUUCUGUGGUCAACAGCAUCACAGGCAGUAGUAAUGUUGGUGAGACUCUCCCUACUGGACAGCUGUCCACUAUCCCAUGGAGGAGGGUGGGUGUGAAAUACACUAACAACGAGGCCUAUUUUGAUGUGGUGGAAGAAAUCGAUGCUAUUCUGGAUAAAUCUGGCACAACAGUGUUUGCAGAAAUCCAGGGAGUGAUUGAUGCUUGUGUGAAGCUCUCAGGAAUGCCUGAUCUUACACUUUCGUUUAUGAACCCCAGGCUGUUGGACGAUGUGAGCUUCCACCCGUGUGUCCGCUUCAAGAGAUGGGAGUCCGAGCGAGUUCUGUCCUUCAUCCCCCCCGACGGAAACUUCCGGCUCAUUUCUUAUCACGUGACUGCACAAAAUUUGGUAGCAAUCCCAGUAUACGUGAGACAGAAUAUCAACUUCUUUGAGACUGGAUCCUCUGGGAGGCUGGACAUCACAGUGGGUCCGAAGCAGACCAUGGGGAAGAUUGUUGAAUGUGUGGGAGUCACGAUACACAUGCCGAAAGUGGUGCUCAGUGCCAAUCUCGUAGCAACUCAGGGCACCUACACCUACGACCCGGUCACCAAGAUUUUGGUGUGGGACAUCGGCAAACUGACCCAACAAAAACUGCCAAAUUUAAAAGGAAGUCUGAGCUUGCAGUUAGGCGCGCCGAAACCAGAGGAAAAUCCCAGCCUGAACAUUCAGUUCAAGAUUCAACAGUUAGCGAUCUCAGGACUGAAAGUGAACCGACUGGACCUGUACGGAGAGAAAUACAAGCCGUUUAAAGGUGUUAAAUAUAUAACUAAAGCUGGAAAGUUCCAGGUCAGAACUUAAGGCUGUUUGUAAACGAUCACAGAUUGUCCAAGACAUGGCAGCAAUGUGUUCUUAUAAGUGGCAAACUCUAUUUUACAAUCACUUCGAAAUUACUGCAUAUUGCCAAUGUUAUGCUUUGGUGGUGGUUGGGGGAGGAGGGUUAAAGCCUGGGGGGUAAUUUGCUUUUGCAAAAGCCUUACAUGGAUUUCUUUACUUUGAUGCAGAACAUUCCGUUUUUUCAAUGUUGUGCUUUAAUAACAAUAAUAAUAGAUUUUACAGGGCGGAAUAUUUCACAUUCAUACCAGAAUGAGUUCUUUGACUGUGUCCUGUUUUACCCAGAGAAAAGCUACACAAACUUUAAGUCUGUUGCCAGUGUUUUCACUUUCCUGCCCGAGUGAGCCAAUGAAGGAUAUUUCAUCUGAUCAUAUUGUCUAAACCAGCUUUAGUAAUGUGGAUAGAUUUUUUUUUUUUGUCUAUGCACAUUUCAAUACAAGCCUUUGCCAAACAGUUAAGAAAUACAGGGUGUUUUCAAAAAAUUAGAUAUUUAUUUGAGAUGUAAAUAUCCCAGAGAAUACAUAGUCUAGGCAAAUGAAACCGAACAGGCUUAAUGUUGAGCAAUAGAAGAUUUAUUCCUCAAAACCUGAAUGAGAAAUUCAAAGGUAUGUGCAGUCCAUGAACGAUUUCACAAAUUUUCAAUAUCCGCACCGCCUGAGACACAGACAGCCUUCCUCUUUGAACUUUUUGUGCCGUGUCCAAAUCUGCAUUGCAGUUGGUGCAUUUUUAGAGAUUUCGCUCAUAAACGCACGCUGCCCAGUCUUGUUCGAGCGUACUUUAAAAAAAAAAAGAUAAUUUUUGGGCUAUUUUUCACCUUUAUUGGAUAGGACAGUGUAGAGACAGGAAAUGAGCAGGAGAGGGAGAGAGACGAGUAGGGAUCGGGAAAUGACCUCGGGUCGGAAUCGAACCCGUGUCCCCGGAUUUAUGGUGUGGCGCCUUAUCCACCUGAGCCACGAUGCCCCCUGUUCGAGCAUACUUUAACACACAACACCUCUUUUCCAGUAAAUGGCAUUUCUAUACCUAAACGGAUAAAAACAUUAAACAGAAAAGUUUGACCCAUUUCCACACGCACUGUUCAAACUUGAGGUCAGUUGAACGAGAAUUGGCAAAGUUAUUAGAUUGUGAAAUAUCAAAUUUUUUGACAACCCCUGUACUUACCCUACUUUUAGGACAAUGCACACAUCUUAAGUGGCCUUUUGAAAAGGAAAACUGUCAAGAAGCCUUUCUUCAAAUCCCAGCUAUGGCUUGAGUAGCUGUGCUGUCAGUCAAACGCUGCGCCCAUCACACAUCCUGAGGUUUCACUCAGGAGAGAAAGAAGAAAGGAGUGGGCGAGGUGUUUUAAUUUGGAAAUUUGUUCUUGCUUUAUGUGCAGAUUAUUUGUAUAAAUUGCUAAGGAACUAGUCCAGAUAGUUUGCUGCAAAUACUAAUUGAUAAACGUCACUUUAAGGUGCUAUGUUCGUAGUUAACCGGUUUGUAAACGUGGCAGGUGUGAGUCACUCAGUUUUGCACAUUCUGAAGGGAUACAUCUUUUGUAAGGUUUAGAAAUGUAUAAGUUAAUUGCAUUUGAAAAUAUGUAUAAAAAUGUAAUGCCUUGACAUUUAUAAACAUUUUGGGAAAA